AUGUCGGCGGAGGAUAAAGCAGAGUUUGUGGAUAAAACUGAUCAACUUGCCGAAAACGCCUCUUUAGUUUUAUGCGAGGCUGUUCAAUCGAAGUCGAUUCCAUUUUCAAUCGAUUUACAUUCAAGGUGGCCACAGACGGCACCUUUCCAUCAUCAAACUGUCUUGACGCCGUUCAACCUCGCCUAUACGGGUCUAUUCAACGCCCUCGCUCUUCCCGUAAUACAGUGCCCUACAGGAUUGGACAGCAACGGCCUCCCACUUGGAGUUCAGGUAGUUGGCUCACCAAACGCAGAUCGGCUUCUCGUCGCUGCCGCCAAGGAGAUCUCACAUGCAUUUGGCGGCUGGACUGCACCCUGGUCACAGUGA